AUGGCCUCGGACAUGGAGGAUCUGAUUCUCAACCUGCAGUAUAUACCGAUCUUCUAUUAUUAUGAUGAAACAGAACCUGUGAAACAAAGUAAAAGCUAUGAAUUUAUACCACCUGACCUGUCUGAGCUCAGGGUGGUUCUGCUGGGAAGCAGCUGGUCCCAGAGGAGCUCAGUGGGAAGCUUCAUACUGGGAGAGGAUGUUUUUAAAGAUGAAGCUCAAUGCUGUUUGAAAAUCAGUAAAGAAGUGGAAAAAACAAAGAUAACCGUCAUCAACACUCCAGAUGUUCCUAAAGAAGAGAACCAGACAGCGUUUAUUGAAGACUGUGCAGAGGCCUCUGCUCCUGGACCGCAUGUGUUCCUGUUGGUUCUACAGCCUGAAAACUUCACAGAUGAAGACAAGAACAGGAUCUAUAGAAUCCUUAAAACCUUUAAUCAUCGAUCAUUUGAUCAUUCGUUUCUAUUGAUUUUGAAAUCAGUGCAAGAUCAAAUGAAAGAAGUUCUAAUCAAGGAACUGAUCAGAAAAUGUAGAUACAGAUACUUAAAGAUGGAGGACAUCGAGCUUCCAGAGCUGCUGACUCGCUUUGGUCAGAUUGUAAAAGAGAACAAUGGAGAACAUGUGAGCUAUGAAGAGUCUUAAGAUGCAGCAGCAGGUUCUGAUGUAGCUAAUUGGGAAUGCAGAAAUAACAGAACAAUUUAAAUAAACCUCUUAGAUAAAUUAUUGUUUAUCUUACAGAAAAUUAUAUAGAUUAAUGUUCUUUUUUUAAAGGUCUCAGGAAUCAAAUAGCCAGGACAGAUCUGUCAUAUAAAGGUGAUUAAGUUGAGUUAUUUAUUAUGCAGACAGCCCACUUCUCUACACUCUGAGCAUUCACAACUAAGAGCAGUUUAUCUGUAAAAUUACCAUGAAUGGCUUUUUUAGAUCAGGAAGAAAAAAAAAAAACAUAUGCAGAGGGAGAACAUAGAAACCCCCACAGAGAAACCUGUUUUAUCUCGGCUCAGAAGCGAUAUGUUGGUCUGAACAUCACUGUGAAUGUGGUACUUUAUGAAUGCGUGAAUUAGGAUGUUCUGAGCAAAAAACAAAAA